UUCUUGGUGAUGCUAUUUAGAAUCCUCUUUUUUUUUUUUUUUAUCUCAUAGUUUUACAUUUUAUAUUCAUGCAUUUUCUCAACUUUUUAUUUUAUUGUGUUUAUUAUUUACCAUUGAAUCACACCAUUUUUUUUUAUUUUGUUUGGUUGACUUUAACUCUUUUAUUUUUUUUUUUCCUCGUUGUAUAUAUACACAUUUCAUCUAUCUCUUCUUUUUUUUACAUUUGUAACUCAAUAAAAUGAAC